AAAGAAAAACCUGCGGUGGUAAAAAUACCCAUCGGUGCACCUCCUCCCUAUGCUGAGCCUAUCAAAGGCACGGUUGGCACCACUAUUUCUGGCGUAGGAACAGCAUCACUGCCUGUAUCAACCACCCAAGAAACCUCUGCAUCUCAAGACAGAACCGCCAUGCUUCAAUCUCCUGCAGUCGCCCUUUCGCAGCCUCCUCCAUUACCACAGCUAAAAGCUGCUGUUACAUCUCCGAAACGUCCAACAAUGUCAGAAUUAAGCGCAGGAGGGCAGCCAUCAUUGCCAGUGCCAGCUCAACCACCUAACCGCACUGUACUGCCGAUUGCGACGUCUCCAAAGAGAUUAAGACGAGCAGCUGGCCCAAAGAAGCAGCCACAGCCGGGUGCAGACUGA